CUAGAGGUGCACGGUGCCGGCCGGACCCCCAACACCCACCCACGGUCAGGGCCUCUGGUGUUCAUUCUCGCUGACGCUCGCCCUUCCUCCGGGGCAAAGCCAGGAGAGUGAAGGAACCCUCUUCGACGACACUCUACCCAAAAAGUCCCAAAGUCCUCUGGCGUUGCAGAGCGGAGGACUGAAGGACGUCGACUAUUUCCCUCUUUUUUCUCGACAAAAGGAAUCAGAUCCAUCCAAAAUGCGACUACUGACGGGAGCCCUGUUGGCUGUGGUCAUCCUCCUGCAGCUUCUUGGAGGAAAGACGCAAGCCCUAACUACCAAAGCAGACGUUAUUGAGGAAAUAAACGCUAAACAACUCGAAAACCUGUUAGCUGAAAGUGAUUACGUGGCAGUGUAUUGGUACAAGAAAAGCUGCAAAGACUGCGAUAAGGUCUUGGCUGAACUUGAAACCAUAGACGAUGACACGGACAGAUUCGGCGUGCAGUUCGUCAAGGUCGCCGACAAGAAGCUCGCGAAGUCUUACGGCGUCAAGACCUUCCCAUCUCUGUCCUUCUUCAGGAAUAAGGAACCCAUGCAUUAUGAAGGUGACUUAAUGGACGAGGCUGGAGUCCUGGAGUUCCUGACGAGCCUCGAGGCCAUGGAACUUCCGGACCAGAUCGAGGAAGUCAACGCCAAGAUCCUUGACAAAAUCGUCGAGGAGCAGGAGUUCGUCGCUGUUCUCUUCUGUUACGACGGCGAUUCCUGCAUCUCAGGAGAACAUAAGAACGAGUGCCGACGCUGCGUGAAGGUCCUACAGGAGCUGGAGAACGUGGACGACGACGCAGACCAGCUGGGGAUCGCCUUCGUCAAGAUCAACGACGCGGAGCUGGCCGACGAGUACUCCUUGGGCGCUCUUCCUGCACUGGUCUACUACCGCCGCCGUAUCCCUGUUGUCUACGAUGGUGACUUGAUGAACGAAGAUAAGGUUCUCGAGUGGUUGGUGGAGAACAAAAGCACAGGAGAUGACGAUGACUUUAUCAAUGACGUGACAGCGGGUCUCCUCAACACGCUGAUCGACUCCAUGGACCAUCUCGCCGUCAUUUUCUACGACCGCGACGAAUCCGACGACACAGUGAUCCUGCAGGAACUGGAGAACAUCGACGACGAACUGGACGCCCAAGGAAUCCACAUUGUCAAGAUCGCCGACGAAGUGGCUGCCAAGGACUACGGCAUCGAGGACACGCCCGCCCUCGUCUACUUCGAGCAUGAGAUCCCUUCGCUGUACGACGGGGACUUGCACAACGAGGAGGAGGUGCUGGCGUGGUUGAUCGAGCAAUUGCACUCGGACGAGAUCGAGGACGUAACGGACGAGAUGCUGGACAAGCUGAUCCGGGAGUCUGAUCAUCUGGCUGUCCUUUUCUACGACGAGGACGAGCCGGAAUCCCAACAGGUCGUGAACGAGUUGGAGAACAUCGACGACGAGUGCGAUGCGAGCGGCGUGUCCUUCGUCAAGAUCGACAACGAUGAUGAAGCGCAGGAGUACGGCAUCGAGAAGCUCCCGACCCUCGUCUACUUCGAGAAGGGAAUCCCGUCGCUCUACACCGGUAACCUGCUGGCCGAAGACGAGGUGCUGGACUGGCUCGUACACCAGGUGGAGGACGACGAGAUCGAGGACGUGACGGACGAGAUGCUGGACCGACUCAUCGACCGCUCCGAGCACCUGGCUGUCCUCUUCUACGACAAGGACUCCCGCCGCAGCCGCAAGGUCCUCGCCGAACUGGAGAACAUCGACGACGAGUGCGACAGCCGCGGCAUCUUCUUCGUCAAGAUCGACAACGACGAGGAGGCCAAGGAGUACGGCAUCGAGACCAUCCCGACGCUGAUCUACUUCGAGAGCGAGAUUCCGUACAUUUUCGAAGGCGAUCUGAUGAAGGAGGAGGAGGUGCUCGAAUGGCUGAUACACCACGUCGACAACGAGGAGAUCGCGGACGUUACGGACGAAAUGCUGGACAAACUGAUCACCAAUGAACCCUUCUUGGCGGUUCUCUUCUACGACAAAGACGAUGCCGAGGACCACGAGAUCCUCGGAGAACUGGAGAACAUCGAUGAUGACUGCGAACAAGCGGGCGUUCCAUUCGUCAAGAUUGACAACGACGCCGAAGCCAAGGAGUAUGGAAUCGAAGAGUUGCCCACGCUCGUCUACUUCGAGAACCGAAUCCCGAGUAUCUACGAAGGUGAUCUGUCCAACGAGCAAGAGGUCCUGGCGUGGUUGCUGCAGCAGAAGAACACAGACACUAUCGAGGAAGUGACCGACGAAAUCCUGGACGACCUCAUUGGCAAUUUCGAAUACGUCGUUGUCUAUUUCAGCGGCAAGUGCGAGGAGGGCGAGAAGUGCGACAAGAUCCUGGACGAGCUGGAGAACAUCGACGACGACACCGACGACCACGGCAUGCACUUCGUCACCACGGAGGAGACGUCCCUCGCCCACCAACAUGGCAUCAAGACCAUCCCCGCCCUGGCCCUCUUCAGGAACGGAGAGCCGGUGGUGUACAAGGGCGACCUGACCGACGAGGAGGCCGUCCUCGCCUGGCUGACGAGCGAGAACACUCUCGAGAUCCCCAACCAGAUCGAGGAAGUCAACGAGAGGAUGCUGGACAGGAUCCUCAACACGUCAGAUAACGUUGCCGUCUUCUUCUACUCCGAGGGUGACAAGAAGAGCCGAGACAUCCUCGUCGAACUAGAAAACAUCGAUGACGAGUGCGAUGACAUUGGCAUUGACUUCGUUAAGGUUUCGGACGAAAACAUCGCUAAGGAGUAUGAAGUCGUGAUCCUCCCAGCUCUCGUCUACUUCAGAAACCGUUUCCCCCAGAUUUACGAGGGCGACCUCAAGGACGAGGAGGCUUUGUUAGAAUGGCUCAUCGACAACAAGGACAAAGGACCAGCAUCUAUCAUCGAGGAGGUGGACGGCCAGAUGAUCCAGAGCCUCGUGGAGGGCUUCGAGUAUCUCGUGGUGUACUUCUACGACGAUAACUGCCCCACCUGCGAGACCGUCCUGGCAGACCUCGAGACCAUCGACGACGAGACGGACGACGUCGGCAUCCAGUUCGUCAAGACCAACGACGUGGAGGUCGCCGAGGACCUGGGCAUCAGCCACCUGCCCGCCCUCGUCUACUUCGAGGGCGGCGUGCCCAGUAUCUACGAUGGUGACGACAAGGGCAUCUUUUCUUGGCUAAUUGCAGACAAAAAAACAGUUGAGAGUCCAGCCAUUAGCAUGAAUUUCCGCAGGCUUCUAGAAGUAAAGGAAGGUGAUGAUGGUGAGGAUGAAGGUGACAUCCAAGCGGAGGAGGAAGUGUUGGAGUGGCUGAUCGAACAGAGACACGAGGAUACCAUUGAGAAUAUCAACAGACAGCUUCUCUAUACGCUCAUUGAUACGCAGGAUUACCUCGCUGUCUAUUUCUUCAACGAGGAGAACGACGAAUGUCCCAAGGUGCUCCGCGUGCUGGAGAAGAUAGACGACGAGGCGGCUGAAUACGGCAUCCAGUUGGUGAAGAUGAACGACCGACUCAUGGCCAAGAAAUACGGCUUCAGGAACCCUCCAGGACUGGUGUACUUCAGGAAGGGCAAGCACAUCAAGUACGAGGGUGACCUGUACGACGACGAGGACGUGCUGGACUGGCUCACGGCUCCCGAGAACAUGGAGCUAAACGACGCCAUUGAGAAGGUCAACAGGAAGAUGUUCGAGAGGAUCAAGCAGACCACUGACUAUCUGGCGGUCUUCUUCUACGCCGAAGACGGCUGCAAACAGUGCCAGAAGGUCCUCGCCGAGCUGGAGAACAUCGACGACGAGGCCGACGCCAACGGCAUCGACUUCGUGAAGAUCGACGACUCUCAGCUGGCCAAGGAGGUCGGCGUCUUCGCGCUGCCGGCCAUCGUCUUCUACCGAGCUGGCGCUGAGGAACCCAUCAUCUAUGCCGGUGGCGAUAUGAAGAACGAGGAGAACCUGCUGUCGUGGCUUCUGACGGAGAAAGACCCAACAGCUGACUUCAUCGAGGACAUGUAUGGCGACGCCCUGCUGAGAGUCAUCAGGGAUUCGGAUGCCAUCGCUGUCUACUUCUACAAUGAAGACAGCAACGCCUGCAGCACGUGCAUGAAGGUUCUCGAGGAGCUGGAGAACAUCGAUGACGACACGGACAGAAUAGGCGUCAAGUUCGUCAAGACCCAGGACGCCAAGGUGGCCGAGCGCUACGGCGUGGUGAGCAUGCCGGCCCUGCUGUACUUCGAGCACCAGAUUCCCACCGUCUAUGAAGGUGACCUGUUGGCGGAGGAGGACGUCUUACAGUGGCUCGUCCUUCAGAAGACUGAGGACAGGAUUGAAACUAUCAACAGAAAUAUGCUGGAGGUCAUGCUCGAAGACACUCAGUACCUCGCCGUCUUCUUCUACAAGCCGAACUGCCGCGCGUGCGACACAGUUCUGGCGGAGCUGGAGAACAUCGACGACGAGUGCGACGUGUACGGCAUCCACAUGGUCAAGAUCCAGGACACGCAGCUGGCUAAGCGCUACGGCAUCAAGACGCUCCCCGCGCUCAUUUACUUCCGCAAUGGCAACCCGCUCAUUUUUGACGAUGAUAUCGUCUCAGUGGGCACAGAUGUGCUGGAAUGGCUCUCUGAUGAGGAAACACGUAAAUUGGAUGAUGAUAUCGAAGAAGUCAAUGCGAAUAUGCUUGACUUUAUAAUAACGACUAAUCCAUACGUUGCUGUUAUAUUUUCGGACGAAGACGACUGUGCGGAUUGCGAACAGGUCUUGCAAGAACUCGAGAACAUCGACGACGAGGUGGACAUGUUCGGUAUUGACUUCGUGAAGAUCAAUGACCCAGAUGCCGCCCAGAGGUUCAACAUCCUGCACACUCCCGCCCUCGUCUAUUUCCGGAAGAAGACGCCCCUGGUAUACGACGGCGAUCUCUUGGACGAGGAGAAGGUGUUCAACUGGCUGACCUCUCAAGAUGUGUUCGAGAUCAAGGACGAGAUCGAGGAGGUGAACAGGAAGAUGCUCGAGAAACUGCUGGACGAGAACGACUUCGUGGCUGUGUUCUUCUACGAGGACAACCCCAAGUGCGAAGAGGUCCUCGAGGAGUUGGAGAAGAUCGACGACGACACCGACGACCUGGACAUCACCUUCGUCAAGAUCAGGGACACGCGCUACGCCAAGAAGUACGGUAUUCAGAAGCUCCCCGCCCUGGUCUACUUCAGAAGAAGGUUCCCGAGCAUCUACAGAGGAGACCUAAUGGUGGAGGACGAGGUGCUGGAUUGGCUGCAGAAGAACAGAUUCAAGCACCCGGAGUUGAACCUCUUCAUGUACGCCACUGGAGCCAUCACCUUCGCGUUCAUCAUGUACACGUUCUUCCUCAUUUUCUGCUUCAAGAGCCCACACCAGAAGGCCGCGUGAUUACGUCCGCCCACUUAGAUCUAUCUCUGAAUGAAAUUUAAAAGUUGUCUUUUUUUAGGGUUUUUUUUUUUAGGUUUGCAUACGAUCGUUAUUGCUUUUUUUCUGAAGAUAUCAAAGCAUAUCAGCUUGCUGCGACUUAGGUGGUUGUGUUAUAUAGCUGUGGGGGAUGGAGGACAGGAGCGACUUAUAAUGGAUGUGAAGUAACACUAUAUUCAUGUUCACGCGACCUGAAGGAUCUAAGGAAACCUCGUUUUCACUAAUCAUGCUAAUGGAAAUGAGCACGAAGAAACAAAGAUGAGGAAACUAUAAAUGUGAUGAAAUUCAUUACAUACGUAAUUUUGGCCAUAGAAGAAAAGAAGAGAUAUACUGUCAGCCAAGGGGAAAUCUAGAUGCAAUGUUGUGAUGUUUUCAGUGCUCAAUAACAAGCGAUUUCCUAAACAAUGUGAUAGCUUAGCAUGUGCACACUCGAACUGGGCAGUAAAAGUUGACCUGGAACUCUCACUGCCCAUUCGGUCUCACAGUGCCAGCAAACGAAAACAAAAAAGCACUUUAAACAAUGACCAUACAGCCACAGUGAACUGCAUCAAACUUUAGGGGGUCAAAUCAUGACAUGAAAUUACACACGAAUUAGUAAAGAAAAAGAUAAAUGCAUAUUUAGAUGGAUCAUCUAUCUCGGCACCGUGUCAGUCUCACUGUGGCUAAGGAAUAACACUAAUGCCUUGCUAAUGCUAACGUUAUGGAGUAAGGUGAAAAAAUAAUAAAUCGAGAAAGCGCCGUUCUUCUAUGCCUGCCGUAUGAAGGACGGAUGCUUUCCUAGUCUGGCGUGUGUCCGGGGUGCUCAAAGACGUGUCUUUAUCACUUGUCUUAUUUAUACACUCCUACGCCCUUCUCUUCCAUCCUCCUUUAUCUUUUUUAUCCGUUUCUAUGAUCCCUUCUCCCCUGUCACUCCCCUGGCUUUGACUGAUACCUUUUACCACAAGGGGAUUCAUGACGAAAUCUUAGGACCUUGGGGUUUCGGUGUAAAUUUACAGAAUAUUGGAGAUUCAAAGUUAUUAAUUUAAGAAGAGGGUCAGGAGAUGAUUAGUUUUAUUUUCUAUUGAAAAAAAAUGUGUUACAGGCAUGAAUAGCAUCCCUGUAUUUUUUAUACUCCUUGCCAUGGUCUUAACCAAUAGAAAUCAGUCGAAACUGGCCUGUUGUAUUUUUCCUUUCCAUUUCAAUGUUGGUAGCGUGUCUGUUAUGUGUACAGUGUUAAAAAGAGUCCAGCGGCCUAUGUAUAACUAUUUCUGCCAUAGACAUAUGGAGAUUCUUUUUAUGUUCCUAUGUCCGCUGUGACUCUGUACCUUGUUCGUGUAUAAGGCAUUUAUGCAAACUUGUUUCUACCUUACACUAAACUCAUGAAACGUUUCUGUCCGUGAAGUGGAGGAAGUGAAGAAUAAUGCCCUUCAGAGGCAGCCAUGAUGACAUGACGGAAUGACAAUAUCUUCACAAGGUGCUGAUUUGCUAAGAAUGUUUUUUGUAUAGUCACAUAAAUAACACUAAACUAAAUAAGGUUUCUAGAUAGCAUCAUCUUCACAGACAGAAUUAAAAACGUAGUGAUAAACAAUGUUUUCCUUUGUUACAUGUAAAGUUCUUCUUUAACCUCUAUAACCUUUUAUAAGCAUUUUAAGCAAGACGACACAAAAGUACACUCUUCUCUGGAAGACGAGUUACAAUGGUGAUUGUUAAGUACUUAAGAAUGUUACUUAAGAUUGUUACUGUGCAAUGUUUAGCGUCGUGAGAAGUAGGGAUGUCCGUCCGCUAGAGCUCUCUGCCGCUGCUACAGAUAAUUGCAUAUCUAUCUCAAAUGAUAUUUUACACUUGAACUUUGUUAGCUUUUUUAAUACACACUAUUUUGUGAUGUUAUAACAACGUUUCUCGCAGAAUCAAUGGAUGUCUGGUAGAGUUUUUUUUUUUUUAAUAGCUACAGCUGUUAUGAUAUUAACUUUUGAUAGAAGUUAUAAACGCAAAUAUUUUAUCAAGUAAAUGCGUUCCCCAUAGCAUCAGGUGUAAAUAGAAAUGCAGUUCAAUAUAUCUUUAGUCACAACUAUAAAAUCACCUCUAAAAGUAGCUUAAACAACGCAAUUUUGAAGUCAGAACUUGUCUUCCACAUGGACUAAGGAACAGUAUAUUACACAGUUCCUGGAUCCAGUUACCUUCCCUCCUCUCGCACUAGGAACUUCCUCUUCCCCUCUCUCUACCAUAGCCAAUUCUACCAGUAUAUCUUCCAUCGUAUCUUAUUUAUCUACUGCCUUAUUUUCUAACCCCGCUCCCCUUGUUCACACAGCUAGACUCUUGGCUAACAUAGUGGUAAAAUACGCAAUGUUCUGUACAUUCUGACUUCCAUGUAUAAUAAAGAAAUAUUUGCUA